AUGGCUUUCCAUUUCUCUUCUGUUGUCCUGUCCAGGAAUCAGCCUAAGGUCUUUGCUUAUGACCACUGCUUCUGGUCCAUGGAUGAGGCCGACACAGACAAGUUUGCAGGUCAAGAUGUCGUGUUCCAGUGCCUUGGAGAAAGUCUUCUGGACAAUGCCUUCUUGGGCUAUAAUGCCUGUAUCUUCGCUUAUGGACAGACAGGCUCAGGGAAGUCGUACACCAUGAUGGGUUCGUCAGAGCAGCCAGGUCUGAUCCCGCGGCUGUGCAGCUCUCUGUUUGACCGGACCCUACUGGAACAGAGGGAGGGAGAGAGCUUCACUGUCGAGGUCUCCUUUAUGGAGAUCUACAACGAGAAGGUUCGGGAUCUACUGGAUCCCAAAGGAAGUCGUCAGUCCCUGCGAGUGAGAGAACACAAGGUGUUCGGGCCUUACGUUGAUGGUCUGUCCCGUCUGGCUGUAGCCUGCUACAAGGACAUAGAGUGUCUGAUGUCAGAGGGUAACAAGUCUCGUACAGUAGCAGCCACCAAUAUGAACGAGGAGAGCAGCAGGUCCCACGCCGUCUUCAACAUCAUCCUCACACACACAGUCACGGACCUGGGUUCUGGGACGAGUGGUGAGAAGGUCAGUAAGCUGAGUCUGGUGGAUCUGGCCGGCAGUGAGAGAGCUGCUAAGACUGGAGCUACUGGAGAGAGGAUGAAGGAAGGAAGCAACAUCAACAAGUCUCUAAGCACCCUGGGCUUGGUGAUCUCAGCGCUGGCAGACCAAGGAGCAGGGAAGAACAAGACCAAGUUUGUUCCCUACAGAGACUCAGUUCUGACCUGGCUACUCAAGGACAGUCUGGGUGGUAACAGUAGGACAGCCAUGGUGGCCACAGUGAGUCCAGCAGCUGAUAACUAUGACGAGACGUUGUCCACGCUGCGCUACGCUGACCGGGCUAAGAGCAUCGUCAACCACGCCGUCGUCAACGAAGACCCCAACGCACGCAUCAUCAGAGAGCUACGGGUGGAGGUGGAGAAACUACGAGACCAGCUUACUGAGGCGGAGUCCAUGAAGGCUCCAGAUCUGAAGGACAGGCUGGAGGAAUCGGAGAAGCUGAUCCAGGAGAUGACUGUUACCUGGGAGCAGAAACUACGCAAGACUGAGGCAGUCGCUCAGGAGAGACAGAAACAGUUGGAGUCUCUAGGUAUCUCUCUCCAGUCGUCUGGUAUCAGACUGGUAGAUGACAAGUGUUUCCUUGUCAACCUCAACGCUGACCCCGCCCUCAACGAACUGCUGGUCUACUACCUAAAGGAGCACACGCGUGUUGGCUCUGCUGACUCUCAGGAUAUUCAGCUGUGUGGUAUGGCCAUCCACCCUGAGCACUGUGUCAUCAACAUCACCGCUGAGACUGGAGUGGUUCUCACACCGCACCGCACUGCACGUACGUGUGUGAAUGGCUCUUCAGUCACCAACCCAGUCCAGCUUCACCAUGGCGACCGCAUCCUGUGGGGAAAUAACCACUUCUUCAGGAUCAACCUGCCCAGACACCUGGCCCAUGCGGAGGAUGAGGAGGAAGGUGUGAUGAAGAGUUGCCUCAGUACUGACCAGUUAGAGGUGGACUUUGAUACGGCCAGUGACGUCUCCAGCGAGGUCAGCUUCGGAUACGAUUUUGCCCAGACAGAGGUCAUGAUGAAGGGCAUGGGCAACAACGACCCCAUGCAGUCUGUCCUCCAGACGUUGGAGCGACAGCACGAGGAGGAGAAGAGGACGGCUCUGGAGCGCCAGAGACAGAUGUACGAACAGGAGCUGCAGCAGCUGAGGAAGCGGCUCCCUCCUGCAGAGAAACACACUCUGCUGCUGCAGAGCCCUGGACCCGCAGGCCUGGAGCCAGCCGGAACCUCAGCAGCAUCGCUCGCAUCAUCACCCUGCGCCCAGACACGCAUGCGUCGCUGGAGCGAGGACAGAGAGGCCAUGAUGACUCGUAGCCUGCGUAGACUGAGACAACAGAUUGUCAGAGCUAACCUGCUGGUGCAGGAGGCUGGCUUCCUAGCUGAGGAACUCAACAAGAGGACGGAGUACCUGGUCACACUGCAAAUACCUGCUGCUAACCUCAAUGCCAACAGAAAGCGUGAUGCUGUGCUGAGUGAGCCCGCGGUGCAGGUGAGGCGUAAGGGGAAAGGGAAACAGAUCUGGGCUCUGGAGAAGAUGGAGAACAGACUGGUGGACAUGAGAGAACUGUACCAGGAGUGGAAGGACUAUGACGAAGACAACCCUGUGAUGCGUUCUUACUUCAAGCGUGCCGACCCGUUCUUUGACGAGCAGGAGAACCACAGUCUGAUAGGAGUGGCCAACGUGUUUCUGGCCUGUCUCUUCUACGACGUCAAGCUGCAAUACGCUGUACCUAUCAUCAACCAGAAGGGAGAGGUGGCAGGGCGUCUCCAUGUAGAGGUGUGGCGGGGGAGCGAGGGGCUGGAGGAGACCACUGCAGAUGGAGAGACUCGCAAAAUGGAGUGUGUGGUGAGGAUCCUGCAGGCUACAGGUCUUCCCCGUCACCUGGGUAACUUUGUGUUCUGCCAGUACCACUUCUGGGGGCAGGAUGAGCCUGUGUUCAUCGCCCCGGAGAUGGAGCCCUCACCUCCGUCAGCCACCAGCAAAGAGCCCCUCUGCACCGUGCUGUUCGACAGUAGCAAGGAGAUGGAGGUGUGUGUGUCCGAGGAGUUUGUAGAGUUUUUGGCGGAAGGGGCAGUGGCCAUCGAGGUGUUCGGACAUAAACAGGUGAACCACCGCAGGAACCUGGCUCUCUGGGACCUGGGAGUCAUUCAGGCCAAGACACGGACCCUCAGAGAGAGGUGGAGUGAGGUGACUCGUAGACUGGAGCUCUGGGUGCAGGUGUUGGAGCUGAAUGAAGCAGGAGAGUUCACCCCUGUAGAGGUCCUACCACCCAAGGACGUAGGCACUGGUGGCAUCUUCCAACUCAGACAGGGCCAGUCUCGUCGUGUUCAGGUGGAGGUACGGUCCGUACAGGACUCGGGCACCAUGCCUCUCAUUGCCACAGACGUCCUCUCUGUUUCCAUCGGCAACGUGGAGGUUCGGCAGGCCCGCCCUUCGGAUGAGGACGUGGACAGCUAUCAGGAAGUUGAUCUGGAGAGGUUAAGGGACCAGUGGCUGACCACCCUCACUACGAGACAAGAGUACCUGGACCAGUACCUGCAGAAGAUGGUCCAAAAGCCCGAUAAGUCAGAGGAUGACGUGGAGAGGGAGGCCCAGCUGUUAGAAUGUCGUCUGACCCUGACAGAGGAACGUAACGCCGUCCUGGUACCUUCAGCUGGUAGCGGGAUCCCUGGAGCCCCCGCUGAGAGAGUUCCUGUUCCUGGGAUGGAGACUCACAUUCCUGUUGUCUUCCUGGACCUUAGUGCUGAUGAUUUCCAGGACAACCUGUCUGCUCCGCUGGCUGGAGGUCUAGACGCCAUGCUGAACCAGGAGGACGAGGAUGAGUUCUUCGACCUGCACAUCGUCAAACAUUCCGAUGGAGAGGUUGGUGCGGAGGCGUCUUGGGACUCUACGGUACAUGACUGUCCCCAGUUGAGUCGCGGUGUGUCGGCUGACCUCCGAGUGUACCUGACAGUCAGGGUCGUAGUUCAGCUCUCACACCCUGCUAAUAUGCAGCUGGUCCUCAGAAAACGCAUCUGUGUCAACCUAGCCGGACGACAGGGUUGGGGUCAGAGUCUGAUGAAGAGGAUGUCUCAUCGCAGCACCAUCCCUGGCUGUGGAGUCACCUUCGAGAUCGUCUCCAACAUACCCGGGGAUGUCCAGGGUCCAGAGGACAGAGAGAUGCUGGCCAGACUAGCAGCUAGUGUGGAUGUCCAGGAUGUCCAGUCAGCGGACAGUGAGGCGGCCAUAGAGAAGUACCUCCGCAGUGUCCUGGCUGUGGAGAAUAUACUCACCCUGGACCGACUACGACAGGAAGUUGCAGUGAAGGAGCGGUUGUCUGUCAAGACCAAGUCUCCCAGACGUGCUCUCAGCUCUCCUAAUGUGAACCGGCUGUCAGGAUCCUGGAGCAGACAGGACCUGUCCUUCAACCACAGGCUACAUGACAACAAGGGCUGGUCCGAAAGUCACCAGGACCUGUCAGUUGUUCCUCCCCCGUCCCACUCCAGACGUACCCUCCCCAGCUCCAUUCUACCUCUGGGCCAGAACAUCCUCCCUGACACUGGCCUCUCACUGCGUGCUCGUGCUACCUAUUAUGUCUCCCCAGUCAAGGCUCUGGUCCCUCCUGUCCCCAAACUGCUCAAGUCCCUGUUCUCUGCCAGGGAGGAGAAGAGAGACCUGACUCCUGUCCCCCAGCAGCCUGUCCCUCGGAGCCUGCCUUUCAUCCUAGUGCAGUCACCAAGUGUUGAAGAGGACUUGGAUACCACACUUGGUCGUCACUUGGUUCCCAUUGGGGAAUUCAUCCCCCCAGAGAGCCAAUCAGAGGCCCCAAAAACCAUGCCCCUCCCACCACCCAUCAUCCCGCUCAUCAUCCCUGAGAUGGAAGACCUCAGCCCGGUCAGCGAGGCGUCUACCAGCGUCUCCACGGCAACCCUGUCAGAGCCCUACCUGAUUGGUGGGGACGUCACUCCGUCAGCCAAUCUCAGGCCAGAUGGCUUUGAGGCGAUGCACAGGUCGUUCGAGGCCGACAUCGGUCGGUAUCUUCAUCAUGACUGUAACAUGGCCGACCGGGAGGAAGAGGAGGAGACUCCUCAGAUACCCCAGGCCACUGACCUGGAGGCUUCAGAGACCGAGAGGACUGACACUAGCACACCCCAGGCAGACAGGACUGAGACUAGUACACCCCAGGCAGACAGGACUGAGACUAGUACACCCCAGGCAGACAGGACUGACACUAGUACACCCCAGGCAGACAGGACUGACCCUAGCACACCCCAGGCAGACAGGACUGACCCUAGCACACCCCAGGCAGACAGGACUGACCCUAGCACACCCCAGGCAGACAGGACUGACACUAGUACACCCCAGGCAGACAGGACUGACACUAGCACACCCCAGGCAGACAGGACUGACACUAGUACACCCCAGGCAGACAGGACUGACACUAGUACACCCCAGGCAGACAGGACUGACACUAGCACACCCCAGGCAGACAGGACUGACCCUAGCACACCCCAGGCAGACAGGACUGACCCUAGCACACCCCAGGCAGACAGGACUGACACUAGUACACCCCAGGCAGACAGGACUGACACUAGCACACCCCAGGCAGACAGGACUGACACUAGUACACCCCAGGCAGACAGGACUGACACUAGUACACCCCAGGCAGACAGGACUGGCACUAGCACACCCCAGGCAGACAGGACUGGCACUAGCACACCCCAGGCAGACAGGACUGGCACUAGCACACCCCAGGCAGACAGGACUGACCCUAGCACACCCCAGGCAGACAGGACUGACCCUAGCACACCCCAGGCAGACAGGACUGACCCUAGCACACCCCAGGCAGACAGGACUGGCACGAGCACACCCCAGGCAGACAGGACUGACACGAGCACACCCCAGGCAGACAGGACUGACACGAGCACACCCCAGGCAGACAGGACUGACACGAGCACACCCCAGGCAGACAGGACUGACACUAGCACACCCCAGGCAGACAGGACUGAGACUGAUAAACUCAGAGCAGAAUCUCAUCUCCCAUUAGAACCACACGGCACCUCAGGAGAACCUGAAGAGUCACUGACACAGUCCAUGCCAGACAAGUCUACACAAGUUCACUACAGACUACUACCGUCUGUAGUAUCAGUCCAGUCAGAACAAUCAGUCCAGUCAGAGUCACUGACACAGUCCACACCAGAUAAAUCUACACAUGAACUGUCUAUAGUGUCACAUCAGUCUGAACCACCAGUCCACAUAGAAGAACCAGUCCACAUAGAAGAACCAGUCCACAUAGAAGAACCAGUCCACAUAGAAGAACCAAUGGAGUCCGAGAUACCUCAGGAACAACCAGAGAUGGAGGUAGAAUUGUCAUCAUCACUGGGCCAGACAGAACAACAUGUCGGCAAGUCUGUAACGGAUCUUCCAGAAUCAGAACUGUCUGCAUCAGAACAGUCUGCAUUUGAUCAACCAGAACCACCGGUAGAAUCGGCACCAGGUCUAAAAGAGUCUUCACCGCUGGACCAGUCUCCAACAGCACCAGCCCUGCCACAAGAAUCAGAUCAAGCAGCCACAGAACAGACAGGACUGGGUGAAUCAGCUGGUUCAGAACCAGUACUAGGCCAAACAGAUCAACCAGUAGAAGCAGGUCCAGACCAGUCCCAGCCUCCAUCAGAGCUACCAGAAGAACAAGACCAGCGGGCACCUCUAGACCAGCGGGCACCUCUAGACCAGCGGGCACCUCUAGACCAGCGGGCACCUCUAGACCAGCGGGCACCUCUAGACCAGCGGGCACCUCUAGACCAGCGGGCACCUCUAGACCAGCGGGCACCUCUAGACCAGCGGGCACCGGCAGCCCAGCGGGCACCUCUAGACCAGCGGGCACCUCUAGACCAGCGGGCACCUCUAGACCAGCGGGCACCUCUAGACCAGCGGGCACCUCUAGACCAGCGGGCACCUCUAGACCAGCGGGCACCUCUAGACCAGCGGGCACCUCUAGACCAGCGGGCACCGGCAGCCCAGCGGGCACCUCUAGACCAGCGGGCACCUCUAGACCAGCGGGCACCUCUAGACCAGCGGGCACCUCUAGACCAGCGGGCACCUCUAGACCAGCGGGCACCGGCAGCCCAGCGGGCACCGGCAGCCCAGCGGGCACCUCUAGACCAGCGGGCACCUCUAGACCAGCGGGCACCUCUAGACCAGCGGGCACCUCUAGACCAGCGGGCACCUCUAGACCAGCGGGCACCUCUAGACCAGCGGGCACCGGCAGCCCAGCGGGCACCUCUAGACCAGCGGGCACCUCUAGACCAGCGGGCACCUCUAGACCAGCGGGCACCGGCAGCCCAGCGGGCACCUCUAGACCAGCGGGCACCUCUAGACCAGCGGGCACCUCUAGACCAGCGGGCACCUCUAGACCAGCGGGCACCUCUAGACCAGCGGGCACCUCUAGACCAGCGGGCACCUCUAGACCAGCGGGCACCGGCAGCCCAGUCUGAACAUGCAUCUACCCCGGUAGAGCCUCCAGUUGAUGAGCCUGCACCUAGCCAGCAAGCCAAAGCACCAGUGCAAGCUGUAGCUCCGGUCACUGCCCAUCCAUCUCUGACCUCAACACCAACCCCUGCCCCAGCCCCUACACCUGCCCAUCCAGCUCUGACCUCAUCACCUGCCCCUGCCCCAGCCCCUACACCUGCCCAUCCAGCUCUGACCUCAACACCAACCCCUGCCCCAGCCCCUACACCUGCCCAUCCAGCUCUGACCUCAACACCAACCCCUGCCCCAGCCCCUACACCUGCCCAUCCAGCUCUGACCUCAACCCCUGCCCCUGCCCCUACACCUGCCCAUCCAUCUCUGACCUCAACACCAACCCCUGCCCCAGCCCCUACACCUGCCCAUCCAGCUCUGACCUCAACCCCUGCCCCUGCCCCUACACCUGCCCAUCCAGCUCUGACCUCAACCCCUGCCCCAGCCCCUACACCUGCCCAUCCAGCUCUGACCUCAUCACCUGCCCCAGCCCCUACACCUGCCCAUCCAGCUCUGACCUCAACACCUGCCCCUGCCCCAGCCCCUACACCUGCCCAUCCAGCUCUGACCUCAACACCAACCCCUGCCCCAGCCCCUACACCUGCCCAUCCAUCUCUGACCUCAACACCAACCCCUGCCCCAGCCCCUACACCUGCCCAUCCAGCUCUGACCUCAACACCUGCCCCUGCCCCAGCCCCUACACCUGCCCAUCCAGCUCUGACCUCAACCCCUGCCCCAGCCCCUACACCUGCCCAUCCAGCUCUGACCUCAACCCCUGCCCCAGCCCCUACACCUGCCCAUCCAGCUCUGACCUCAUCACCUGCCCCUGCCCCAGCCCCUACACCUGCCCAUCCAGCUCUGACCUCAACACCUGCCCCUGCCCCUACACCUGCCCAUCCAGCUCUGACCUCAACCCCUGCCCAUCCAGCUCUGACCUCAACCCCUGCCCAUCCAGCUCUGACCUCAACACCAACCCCUGCCCAUCCAGCUCUGACCUCAACACCAACCCCUGCCCAUCCAGCUCUGACCUCAACCCCUGCCCCAGCCCCUACACCUGCCCAUCCAGCUCUGACCUCAACCCCUGCCCCAGCCCCUACACCUGCCCAUCCAGCUCUGACCUCAACCCCUGCCCCAGCCCAUCCAGCUCUGACCUCAACCCCUGCCCCAGCCCCUACACCUGCCCAUCCAGCUCUGACCUCAACCCCUGCCCCAGCCCCUACACCUGCCCAUCCAGCUCUGACCUCAACCCCUGCCCCAGCCCAUCCAGCUCUGACCUCAACCCCUGCCCCAGCCCCUACACCUGCCCAUCCAGCUCUGACCUCAACCCCUGCCCCAGCCCCUACACCUGCCCAUCCAGCUCUGACCUCAACCCCUGCCCCAGCCCCUACACCUGCCCAUCCAGCUCUGACCUCAACCCCUGCCCCAGCCAAAGCCCCUCUUCUAACUGUAAACCCUGUCCCGGCACUAGUUGUCAAAACUCCCACUUCCAGUAGCACAUCAGCCAACGCAUUCAAGAUCCAGAAAGUAAAGACAUCCGACCUGAAGUCCUUCCAACCUAUCUUAGAUGAGGAUGAAGGCCAAGCAGGGGCAGAAGGAGUGGGGGCCAGUAGUCUGGGUGUUGACCUCUCUGUUCCUCUGGAGAGACUGGAGAUCCUCUCCGACUCAGACGAAGGAGCCACCGACGUAGCCACAGCCGUGCCUGACUGGCUGAAGGUGGGGGAGUUUGUGACUGUAGGAACUAAUAAAAGUGGUACGGUGAGCUACGUGGGACCUACAGACUUUGCAGAGGGAACCUGGGUUGGAGUGGAGCUGGAUUUACCUGCAGGGAAAAACGACGGGUCCGUGGGUGGAAAGCACUACUUCCACUGUAACCCUGGUUACGGGGUGUUGGUGCGUCCUGAUAGGGUGAGCCGUGGAGGAGUCGGGGGCGGGGCUAAGCAGAAGCGGCGACAGCAGCAGAAGCGUCGCAGUGCUAACCUAUCUGGGUCCAGCCCUAACCUGGCUGCCCUCACUGCCCUGGCCAAGGGAGAUGGGGCUGGGUCCAGUCGCAAGGGACAGAACCGCAAGUCCUGGAACAGCUGAGAGGAGAGAGUAGCAGGGUUGGGGUCAAUUCCAUUUCAAUUCAGGAAGAAAAUUGACAUUUUCAAUGCUUCUCUGAGAGAAAUGAACUGAAUUGAAAUGGUAUUGAGCCCAACCCUGAAGGGUAGUCUUCUAUGUAGAGUUCCAUAGGGAGAAGAGAGAUCUAGGGUAGUCUUCUCUGUAGAGUUCCAUAGGGAGAAGAGAGAUCUAGGUACACUGAAAAAAAUUAUAAACGCAACUAUUUCAAAGAUGUUUAACACUUCUUAUAAUGAAAUCAGUCAAAUUGAAGUGAAUUCAUUCUUAAUUUAUGGAUUUCACAUGACUGGGAAUACAGAUAUGCAUCUGUUGGUCACGGAUAAGUCAUUAAAAAUAAGUAGGGGCGUGGAUCAGAAAACCAGUCAGCCAGCAGCAUACCACCUUGCACCCCACUGCUGGCUGACCUAUGAAGUCCUAGUCAGUCCCUGGAUGGGAGACCAGAUGCUGCAGGAAGUGGUGUUGGAGGGCCAGUAGGAGGCACUCUUUCCUCUGGUCUAAAAAAAAAAUUCC